CCAUAUUUACCUAUACCUCUCCUUUUGUGUGCGUGUGUGCGUGUGUGUUUGUAGUUCUUGUGUGCGUGUUUUUUUUCUGUAAUUAAAGUCAGGAUGGGAACGCAUUCCACUCAGUCUACUCGUUCCAAGGCAGCUUUUUACGGAAUCUGCUGUACAUUUGUACUUGUCAUCUUUACCGCCGUCCUUCAAUUUAUCUAUGAACCAAACGAUCGCAGUCGCUGCAGUGGCAUGCUCAAUGAUGGCUGGUGGUUGGAUGAUGCCUACAAAGUAUGGCAGCCGUCAGGAUGUAUGAUGCACAACUUUCAGACAUCAGAAAUCUCUAGUUGUCUUGGUCACUCUAAACUACUCUACAUUGGUGACUCUGUCGUUCGCCAACAAUUCUAUGCUACGGCCACAUUGAUCCGAGAAAACACAACAAGCAUAGCCCCAGGACACACUGAUGUUCGAUUUGACUUUACCCCAGAAAACCUCUCGGUCGAGUUCUGGUGGGACCCUUAUCUUAAUUCUACCCGGACAGUCGAGUUGCUCGAAUCAAGAUCAACAGCUUCUCGUCCUAGUCUUCUCGUUGUUGGAACUGGUUUGUGGCACAUGCGACAUCUCGAGGAUGAUUACUAUGUCGAGUGGAGAAAUUCUGUCAAUCGUGUAUUUGAUGCUGUCCAGGGUAACAAAAAUAAGAAUAACAAAAUUGCCGAUGCGGUCGUGAUGGCUCCAGUCGAAUUACCUUUUUUCGACCAACUUUCUAAAGAUCGACAUGACACCAUAACUUUACCUAAGGUCGAGGUUAUGAAUGGAUAUCUCAAGGAUAGACAAAGUGAACUCGAAUUGACCACAUCAUUUGCUAUACCUUUUGCUUGGAACAAGAUAUCAGUAGGGAUGAACAAUGCGACAAAGGACGGGUUGCAUUUUUAUCCCUCCGUGACUCAGGCACAAAUCCAGCUUGGCUUGAACUACAGGUGUAAUGAUCAAUUACCAAAGACCUUUCCGAUGAGCAACACAUGCUGUUUCCGUUAUCCAACCCCCAGGUGGUAUCAGACCAUAUUCUUCUUCUUAUUCUUGGUAUGGAUACCUUUUGGCAUGUACCUUGCCGGUUCAGGAUACAUGAAAAGCGUGACCCAGUGCUUGUUUCCUUCAGAGUCUGUGCUGAAAGCACUGUUUUUGUUUGGUCUGUGCGUGAUUUACAUGUUUUUCGGCGACCGGACUCACCUCUUUGGCAAGAUACACAAACACUUUGAUCCGGCCAUGUUUGGUGGACUUCUGGUUGCUGUAUUGGUUGGGGGUCUGGUGUCCUUGAAAUCAACAAACGAAGGUGACCUAGGAUUCUUGAACAGAGACCAGACCGAUGAGUGGAAGGGGUGGAUGCAGGUCAUCAUUCUAGUGUACCAUUUCACAGGCGCUUCUAGUGUUUCGGGGAUCUACAAUGCAGUCCGAGUACUUGUGGCGGGCUACCUUUUCCAAACUGGCUAUGGCCACUUCUUCUUCUUUUACAAAAAAGGGGAUUACGGAUUGGGCCGAAUUCUCAAUGUUGUGGUCCGACUGAAUAUGUUGACGUUUGUGUUGCAGUAUUUGAUGGACACAGACUAUCUGAGCUACUACUUUACGCCUUUGGUUUCGUUUUGGUUCUUUGUAAUCUGGAUUACGAUGUAUAUACACAACAAGGCUAACCGGAUAGUCUGGUUCCUUUUGCUGAAGAUUGUGAUUGCGUCGAUGGUGACGACGACCUUGAUCCAUUACCCUGGGAUCCUGGAGACUAUCUUUGAAUGGCUCAAGCUUGGAUUCAAUAUUGACUGGGAUGCUGUAGAGUGGCGGUUCCGGCUGAGAUUGGACGCGUGGAUUGUGUAUGUGGGUAUGCUGAGUGCAUUUGCUUACAUAAAGUGUAUGGAGUACAAACUUCAUGAGUCUGGAGUGUGGCCUAUGGUAAAGAAGACCUGUAUUGGAUUGUCUUGCGUAGGGAUGACCUGGUAUUUUUGGUUUGAACUUUCGCAGGAUACCAAGGUGGUCUAUAAUAAUUCGCACCCUUACAUUUCAUGGGUGCCGAUUCUAGCCUUUGUCGUUCUUCGGAACGCAACCGCAAAACUUCGAAAUACGAGUUCUCGAUUUUACUGUUUUAUCGGCAAGAUUUCACUGGAGACGUUUAUUGGACAGUUCCACAUGUGGUUGGCAGGCGACACACGGGGGUUAUUAGUUGUACUUGCCCGCCCAGAGUGGGCCCGUGGACUGGGCUGGUGGCUUAACUUGGGAAUAUCGACAAUACUGUUUCUUUCUGUAUCUUAUUACCUUGGUCAGGCUACUACCGAACUUACGAAGUGGAUCUGUUCCGGUGUUAACAAAGCUUCCCAGUCUGUGGGUGCCCCUCGAUAUUAUGAAACCAAUGCUACUUCUGCUACCUCUGCUGCGGCUGCGGCUAUUGGUGGAGGUAAUGGUGGUGGGAACGAAUACCAAUCAAUUCCGCUUCUUCCGGCCACCACCCAAACAUUAGAUACAUCUGUUCACACGGAAACUUCGGCUGAAAGUCCAUCUGUAUCAGCACGGGGAUCUAUUGAUGAAGAACUUGGGUCGCCUGUUAAAAGACCUUCUUGGACAGAGCGCAUAGGAUGGUUUUGGGGGGACGUUCGCGUCAAAUGUGUUGCUUUCUUACUCUGUUUAGGAAUUGUCAAUAGACUGUGUUAGUGAUGUAUUAUUAUUCUUUUUCUUCUAAUGUUUUGUUUUUUUAGUCUUUCUUUAUUUCUUUGUUAAUUCACUCCAAAGAAGAAUUCUUUUUAGAAAAUGUAUUCUCUUUAACUUCUUUUCUCUGUCUCUCUCUUUAUCUAUAUAUAUAUAUAUAUUGGUAUUAAUGUGUCUUUAUGUACAUG